UCCUUCGGCGACGGGAGCGGAGGGAGCGGGAGCGGCGGCGGCGGCGCGAUGAACCUGGAGCUGCUCGAGUCCUUCGGCCAGAACUACCCCGAGGAGGCUGACGGGACCCUGGACUGUAUCAGCAUGGCUCUGACGUGCACCUUCAACCGCUGGGGCACGCUGCUGGCCGUGGGCUGCAACGACGGGCGCAUCGUCAUCUGGGACUUCCUGACGCGCGGCAUCGCCAAGAUCAUCAGCGCCCACAUCCACCCCGUGUGCUCCCUCUGCUGGAGCCGCGAUGGGCACAAGCUGGUCAGCGCCUCCACCGACAACAUCGUGUCGCAGUGGGACGUGCUGUCCGGGGACUGUGACCAGAGGUUCCGCUUCCCCUCGCCCAUCCUCAAGGUCCAGUACCACCCCCGGGACCAGAACAGGGUGCUGGUGUGCCCCAUGAAGUCGGCCCCGGUGAUGCUGACCCUGUCUGACUCCAAGCACGUGGUGCUGCCCGUGGACGACGACUCCGACCUCAACGUGGUGGCCUCGUUCGACCGCCGCGGGGAGUACAUCUACACUGGCAAUGCCAAGGGCAAGAUCUUGGUCUUAAAAACAGACACUCAGGAUCUUGUUGCUUCCUUCAGAGUGACCACAGGGACCAGCAACACCACGGCCAUUAAAUCCAUCGAGUUCGCCCGCAAAGGGAGCUGUUUCCUGAUCAACACGGCCGACCGCAUCAUCCGCGUGUACGACGGGCGGGAGAUCCUGACCUGCGGCCGCGACGGGGAACCCGAGCCCAUGCAGAAACUGCAGGACCUGGUCAACAGGACCCCCUGGAAGAAGUGCUGCUUCUCGGGGGACGGCGAGUACAUCGUGGCGGGCUCGGCGCGGCAGCACGCGCUCUACAUCUGGGAGAAGAGCAUCGGCAACCUGGUGAAGAUCCUGCACGGGACCCGCGGAGAGCUGCUCCUGGACGUGGCAUGGCACCCGGUGCGGCCGAUCAUCGCCUCCAUCUCCAGCGGGGUGGUUUCCAUCUGGGCUCAGAACCAAGUGGAAAACUGGAGUGCUUUUGCCCCUGAUUUCAAGGAGCUGGAUGAAAAUGUGGAAUAUGAGGAGAGGGAAUCAGAAUUUGAUAUUGAGGACGAGGAUAAGAGCGAGCCAGAGCAGACAGGUGCAGAUGCUGCAGAGGAUGAGGAGGUGGAUGUGACCAGCGUGGAUCCCAUCGCCGCCUUCUGCAGCAGCGACGAGGAGCUGGAGGACGCGCGGGCGCUGCUGUACCUGCCCAUCGCCCCCGAGGUGGAGGACCCCGAGGAGAACCCGUACGGGCCCCCGCCCGAGGCCGUGCCCGGGGCGCUGCCCGACGACGCCCUGGGCCCCGACAAGAAGCGGCCCGGCUCCUCGGACGGGCCCCAGAACCCCAAGAAAAAACCCAAAACCACCAACAUCGAGCUGCAGGGAGUCCCCAAUGACGAGGUGCACCCGCUGCUGGGCGUGAAGGGCGACGGUAAAUCCAAGAAGAAGCAGGCGGGCAGGCCCAAAGGAUCAAAAGGUAAAGACAAAGAUUCUCCAUUUAAACCGAAACUCUACAAAGGGGACAGAGGUGCUUUACCUCUGGAAGGAGCAGCCAAGGGUAAAGUGCAGGCGGAGCUGGGCCAGCCCCUGACAGCAGGUGGUGCAAUCUCAGAGUUGCUAUGAAGACUCUCCCCUCCCUCCCUGUCUCCUUUCCUCCCUUGGCUCCCCAGUGGUGGAAAGUGCUGGAAUUCCCAGGCAGGACUGGCACAGACUGAAUUCCAAGGAUUUCAGGGAGUGAUUUGGGGCAGGAGUGACUCUGCAAGAGGGAGCAGCUCCAUCCGUGGAUCAGGCUGGGAACUGAGCUCCAGCCUGGGAUUUUUGGGGACAAAUCCCUGUCCCAAAGUGACCUGAGCCCCUUCCCUGCCGCUCCAGAGCCUCUCCACCUUUUAUCUCCCAAAAUCUCUCAGCAUUCCUGGACGGAAGAACAGCCCAGAGUGUGAGUUUGGAUUUCUGACUGUCUCCUGCCUCCUUUUCCAGCUGGGAACUCCCAACUCUCUGAGCCUGGCUUUUCCCAGGGCACAGCUGCUGAUCCCAGCCCAGAUUUUCAGGAAUUUGCAAUUCCUGAGGCCCAGAGUGUGAGUUUGGAUUCCUGACUGUCUCCUGCCUCCUUUUCCAGCUGGGAACUCCCAACUCUCUGAGCCUGGCUUUUCCCAGGGCACAGCUGCUGAUCCCAGCCCAGAUUUUCAGGAAUUUGCAAUUCCUGAGGCCCCUCUGGAAUCUGCCUUGGUUUUGUGUUUGUUUUUCCCAUUCUGCCAGUGGCAGAAGGGGCAGCUUUAGAUAAAAAAAAAGUCAUUUUCCAAUGUUUUUUUUUUCCCAGCCUGUGAUUCCCAAAGCUCUGCUGGAGUUUCUUCCUGUCCUUUCCAAUGGUUUUGUUCUUUCUCUUCCCUGGGAAUUUCUCCUCCAGGAAUAUCCAGGCUCCUCCUUGGUAAACAAAAAACAAUUUUUUUUUUUUUGUCAGAACUGAAGAAGAACUUUUCCAAAGGGUUUCUGUUUUCCCAUUUCUGGGUUAAAACAGAAUCUGGGAGAUCAUUCCCAACUUUUAUUCCUUCAGGAAUUCCUGUAGGAAUGGGAAUGGCAUUUCCCUGUCCAGCACUCACAGCCUGGCUCUUAUCCCACACCAACAUCCUGAUCAAAGGAAAUUUCAUUCCUAAAUCCCUUUUUUUUCCUCCAGACUUUGGAGUUUCAUUGCUCUCAGUGUUCCCCCAGGUGGAAUUAUUGGGAUUAUCAGGAGCUAUUUAAAUUUCCUGCAGACAUGAAAAGCAGGAAGGGAGCUGGAGAAAUGACAGAUUUGCAGCCAGAACUGUGCAGGUGUAAAAAUGAGGAGAAAGAAAACAUUUGGAAAUCAGAGGUUUUGAAAUUUUUCAAAACUUGACUUGAUGUUUUCAUUCCCACCUUUGGGGGCAUUUGGGGAAAUUUAUGACCACGAGUGUAAAAUUCCUUUUUUUUUUUUUGUUCUUUUUGCUUGUGGGGUGACUGCUGUGCCAAACCCACCCUGGCUGCUGGGCCUGACCCCCAAAUUAAAAAGCCCAGGCCGAGGUUCUGCAGGUUGGGUUAAAGCAUUGAAUGCCCCCAAACUCAGCUUCCCCUCUGUACAGUGUAAAUGCCUUUGUUUAUUCCCACCCUUCUUUUAUUUCCUGCUUUAUUCCCAUCUUUAUUUCCUGCUCUGUUCCCAUCUUUAUUUUAUUUCCUUCCUUCUUUUAUUUCCUGGUUUAUUCCCAUCUUUAUUGUAUUUCCUGGUUUAUUCCCAUCCUUAUUUUAUUUCCCAGUUUGUUUCCAUCCUUAUUUUCUGUCCUGAUUAUUUCCCAUCUUUAUUUUAUUUCCUGUUUGUUCUCAUUUUUUUUCCCUGGUUAUUCCCAUCCUUAUUUUAUUUUAUUUCCUGCCUUAUUCCCAUCUCUGUUUUAUUUCUCACUUUGUUCCCAUCUUUAUUUUAUUUCCUGCUUUAUUCCCAUCCUUAUUUUAUUUCCUGCUGUAUUCCCAUCCUUAUCUUCUUCCCUGGUUUAUUCCCAUCCUUAUUUUAUUUCCUGCUUUAUUCCCACCCUUAUUUUAUUUCCUGCUUUGUUCCCAUCCUUAUUUUAUUGUAUUUCCUGCUUUAUUCCCAUCCUUGUUUUAUUUCCUGUUUAUUCCCAUCCUUAUUUUAUUUUAUUUUAUUUCCUGAUUUAUUCCCACCCUUAUUUUAUUCCCUGGUUUUGUACAAUAUUGGAGCAGCUCCUGCAGCGGUGGUGGUUCUGUGUUUGUAAAUAAAGAGGUACCUUCCAUUUCCUAAAA